CUUGUCCUUCUCGGCUUCAGCAGUAAGCCAUGGCAGCGAAAGGGUUCUUCAUCAGCAAGGCGGUCGGGGUAGUAGGCAUCAUCCUGGGCGCUGGGGCCGUGGCCACCAUCAUUGUCCUGUCCGUUGCCUACAGCCAGGAGAAGUCCAAGAAUGUUGAGGUAAACCCCACCACCACCACCACCACCGGCGUACCUGUCACCACCCCAGCCCUCAAUGAGCCGUGGCACCAGUACCGGCUGCCGGACUCCAUACUGCCGGACAGCUACGAGGUCACCCUGUGGCCGCGGCUGACGGAAAACUCAGUCGGCCUGUACAUCUUCACCGGCGACUCUGAGGUCACCUUCAGGUGUGUGAAGGAGACCGACCUCAUCCUCAUCCACUCCAACAAGCUCAACUUCACGGUGAAUGGCAACAGCAAGCUGGCCACGCUGACCGCCGAGGACGGCUCAACGCCCCCAGCCAUCACAGACACCUGGCUGGAGGUGCGGACUCAGUACCUGGUGGUCAAACUGAACGGUAAUCUGAAGGUCGGCCAGCGCUACGUGCUGCGUACUGAUUUCACAGGGGAGCUGGCAGAUGACCUGGGUGGCUUCUACAGGAGCGUUUACAUGGAGGAUGGCGUGGAGAAGGUGGUGGCUACGACUCAGAUGCAACCCACCGAUGCAAGGAAAGCCUUCCCGUGCUUUGAUGAGCCGGCCAUGAAGGCCAUCUUCAACAUCACCCUCAUCCACCCACGGGGCACUGUGGGCUUGUCUAACGGCAUGGACAUCGAGACUGUGAACGUGACUAUUGAUAAAAUGGAGGUUACCAGGACUAAAUUUGCCCCAACACCAAAAAUGUCAACUUACUUGCUGGCAUUCAUUGUCAGUGAUUAUGAUUAUAUACAAGCAAUGGAAGGAGAUGUUUCGAUCCGUAUCUUUGCACGCAGAAAGGCCAUCGCAGCAGGACAGGGCGAGUAUGCCCUUAACGUGACCGGACCCAUCCUCAAAUUCUUCGAGACAUAUUACAAUGCUACUUACCCACUGAAAAAGUCAGACCAGAUUGCCCUGCCCGACUUUAACGCCGGAGCCAUGGAGAACUGGGGCCUGAUCACCUACAGGGAGACGGCCCUGCUCUACGACCCCGACGUGUCUUCCAACGGCAACAAGGAGAGGAUCGCCACCAUCAUAGCGCACGAGCUCGCACACAUGUGGUUUGGAAACCUUGUGACCCUGAAGUGGUGGAAUGACCUCUGGUUAAAUGAAGGCUUUGCGUCUUAUGUGGAGUAUCUGGGCGCCGACUACGCAGAGCCAGCGUGGGGCGUUAAAGACCUGAUUGUCCUGGGAGACGUGCACAGAGUGUUUGCAGUGGACGCCCUGGCCUCCUCUCAUCCCUUGUCCUCCAAAGAGGAGGAGAUCCAAAGACCUGAGCAGAUCAGUGAGCUCUUUGAUGCCAUCUCCUAUAGCAAGGGGGCUUCUGUUCUAAGAAUGCUAUCCAACUUCCUCUCUGAAGAUGUCUUUGUAAUAGGACUGAGUACGUACCUGAACCAGUUUGCCUUCAGUAACACUGUCUACACUGACCUGUGGAACCACCUGCAAGCAGCCGCUGAGAAGACUGGAACCAAGUUGCCAGCAACAGUCCAUGACAUCAUGAACCGCUGGGUCCUCCAGAUGGGCUUCCCUGUGGUCUCCAUAGAUACCGCCACUGGAACUGUAACCCAACAACACUUCCUGCUGGACCCUGACUCUGUUGUGGACAGGCCGUCUGAGUUCAAUUAUACAUGGUAUGUGCCCAUUACAUGGCAGAAGAACUCUGUGAAAGGUGCAGACUUUUGGCUGCUGGAAAAAUCAGAUUUGAAUAAUGACCUUAAGACAACUAGCGCUGAUCAGUGGGUGCUGGCCAACCUCAAUGUGACAGGAUACUACAGAGUCAAAUACGAUGAUGCAAAUUAUGCGAGGCUUCAGAAUCAACUCACAAUGGCUCAUGAACUUAUUCCAGUGAUCAAUAGAGCCCAACUUAUCGAUGAUGCUUUUAAUCUAGCAAGAGCGAAACUCGUGCCAACAACACUACCUCUGGAGAUGACCAAGUAUUUGAACAAUGAGAGAGAGUAUAUGCCAUGGGAGUCUGCUCUGGACAACCUGGACUUCUUCUACCUGAUGUUCGAUCGCACGGAGAUCUACGGCCUCCUGCAGACGUAUAUCAUGAAACAAGUGGAGCCCCUCUUUAACCACUACAAGGACAUCACUGCGGACUGGACCAAAGUACCAGAACGGCACACUGACCAGUACAACCAGGUGAAUGCUCUGAGGAUGGCCUGUAGCACAGGGAUUGAAGCAUGCACUGACCUGGUCACUAAAUGGUACGGUAGCUGGAUGAACAACACACAGAACAACCCGAUCCAUCCCAACCUACGGUCUGUAGUCUACUGCAGUGCCAUUGCCGCUGGUGGAGUGAAAGAAUGGGACCAUGGCUGGAAGAUGUUUAAAGAGGCAACCAUCGCCAUCGAGCAGGACAAGCUCAGGGCUGCCCUAGCCUGCGCUUCACAGCCUUGGCUCCUGAACAGGUACCUGGAGUACACCUUGAAACCAGACAUGAUUCGGAAACAGGAUGCUACUUCUACUAUUGUCUACAUUGCCAAUAAUGUGGUGGGCCAACCUCUGGCUUGGGACUUCAUGAGAGCAAACUGGGUGUACAUUUUCAAUGAGUAUGGAGGUGGAUCUUUCUCUUUCUCAAAUCUAAUCAAUGGUGUGACCAAAAGAUUUUCUACAGAAUUUGAACUGAAACAGCUCCAGCAGUUCAAGCAGGACUACGCCGAUGUGGGCUUUGGAUCAGGCACCCUGGCUGUGGAGCAGUCUAUUGAGAGAACACAGGCCAACAUCAAAUGGGUAGCAGAAAACAAAGUCAUUGUGGAAACGUGGCUUAAAUCGGCAAUUUCACCGUAAUCUAUAUUACAAGGGAUCACAUUGUCCCCGGAGCAACUUGAGGUUAAGUGCGUUGCUCAAGAGCACAACGGUGGAAGCUGGGAAAUGAACCCACAACUUUCAGGCUGCUGCACGCUAGCCCAGCUCCUUAACCACUACACUACCACCGCCCUACGUACACUACCACCGCCCUACAAUCCGCCCAGUAUAUCCAGUUCUUCUCUGUAGAGCCUUUACAUAAGGCUAUUGACGUCUUGCACAAAUUGAACAUCUAACUGUGAUGUGUUUCUUACUUUUCUUAUUACCUUUCCUUCCCCGUGGGAGACUAUGGCAGCCCAUAGAACCGUCUGGUAAAAAGUUGUGAAAUUUGGCACACUGAUACGGGACAGUCCCAUGAUUCUUUUUACCAAGUUUCAUGUCUGCACCUCGAGCGAUCUAGCACCACCAACAUGCCAUGUGUUCACGCACACAACUUUUUAGCCUGACAUAGCCAUACUCAAUUCUAUUUAGAAUUUGAGUCUACUGCAUGCAAUCAGAGCAAUGAAAUAACCUACCGUUAAUCCUGUAGGCCAGCCCAUGCCUUACAAAUGCAUUAUGAAUCCAUUUGCAAAAGCUUUCGUCCCGUGACAGGAAGUCAUAUCUCUGCAAAACUGUCAUGUAUCAAAACCAAGCUCGGUACAUGGACAUUGGAACCCCAUUGUAAGGACGCACAAGACAUUUGGUGACCUUUGACCUCUGAGGGCUGCCACAAUUAAUGCAUUUUGGCUUGUAACUGAUGAUGUGUUUGAAUUUACUAGCUGUAUCUGUUAAUGCUGUGGAAGGUCCCAAGUACUUGAUCGGGCCAUCAUGUUCGAUUGCUAGAAACACGAAAGCAUUUUCACAGAUCACAAAUUUUGUCCGUAUGUCACGAAACUUUGCACAGAUUAUCUUCAGACUAAGCCUCAUAAAAGUUAUUUUAAAUAAUCAAAAGCGUUCGCCCAUCACAGCCAAUCAAAAUCAGCGGUGAAGCCACCAAACAGGAAGUGACCUUAUAUCUCAGCCAAUCUUUGGUUGCUUGACAUUAAACUUGCUGUGAGUGCUUACUGCCAUGAGUCUGAUGUGUGGCAACUCCAGCCUGCUGGGCUGCUAUUUUAAAGUGUAUUUUUGAUACAAGUUUGAUAAUAUUUGUAACAGUUGCUUGUGGUCAAAAUUGACAUAAAUAAUUGUCUAAUAAAAUGUUGUUGAACUGUG